AUGCCUCGACAUAGCAAAAAUAAUACCGCACUUUCUUUCUUUACCUACGCAGAGAGUAAAGCAUUAGAAUAUGGAACAAAAAAGCAACGACUAGGACGAGAUUCUAUGAGAGAAUAUGAUUCCUGUUACUUAUGUCUUCAAAGAGCUAGGGAUCCAGUUUGUUGUACACAAGGUCAUUUAUAUUGUAGAGAAUGUAUUUUGGAAAAUAUUUUGGCACAAAAAAAAGAAAUCCUACGUCAACAAAAAUUAUUAGAAGCUAAAGCAAAAGAUGAAGAAGAAGACGACAAAAGGAAAGCCGAAUUAGCUAAAGAAGCUGUAAUUCAAGAAUUCGAGAGACAACAAGUUAGAAUCACUCCUAUUAAAACGAAUAAUAAUGGGAAUGGAGAGGUUAAAUCAAAAGUUAAUGGAUCAUUCUUAAAUGAAAGUAAUGCACUAGGAAAGAAAGGUGAUGUUGAAAAAUAUCAUGUAAGUGCUAGAAUUGAAGAUAGUUCUGUUAAAGCUAUUGAAUGGACCGAAUCAUUUCAUAAAGAUAAAAAGAGAAAGUUUCAAAUCGAUGAAGAACAACUUGCAGCUAUAGCAAAACGGGAACAAGAUGACGCAUUAAAAAAGUUGGAAGAAGAAAGACCUAAAUUACCUAAUUUUUGGCUGCCUUCGCUUACACCAUCUGCAGAUCCAGAUAAGGCAAAACAGGUAAAGCAGCAAACGAUGUGUACUGCUGCAGAUCCAGAACAUUCAAUUAGCAUGAAAAGUUUGAUUCCUACAAAAUUUACAGAGGAUAAAGAUCCUACUUCUAAAAAAAUCAAUUUAAUUUGUCCUUCAUGUCGUAAAACUUUAACAAAUUCUUUAAAAAUAUGUUUAAUGAAACCAUGUGGGCAUGUUAUUUGUAAAAUAUGUGUUGAUAGGCUUGUUCGAAAAACUAAACAAUGUUUCGUAUGUGAUGCUAAAUGUAGGGACAAGGAUAUUGCUGAUAUGUCAGGAGAAGGUACUGGAUUUGCAAGCGGAGGUGGCAAAGUAGUAGCAGAGAGAUUUGAUGUCGCGUUUCAAUAA